AUGUAACUGCCUAAAAUCAAUGUAAAUUUACAAUUAUUUCUUGUAAGGCGAAGAAUAUAUCCUACCAAGUAGUUUUAGCUACAUUACUCUUCUGUUAAAUUGUUCGUAAAAAGAAACGUUUCAAUGUACAGCCCUUAAGUAACACUCAUCAUCCGAAUUGCCACCAAGUUCACCAUUGCACGAACGAAUCUUUCUGAGUGGCAGACUCAGGUUUCAGUUUUCUUGCGGCUGAUCGAAGAAUUGAUUACUUCGUGAAGAUUGUCGAGAGUUGUCGGGAAAUGAUUAUCAGCUCAUUAUGCGCUACGUGAAUAGGUCUUACCAGCAGCAUUCGUUUUGCCUCCUACCCGCAGGCCCAUUAUCCCGAAAGGUAAAGCCUGGCGUCGAUAAUCACAUUAUCUACCGGUGGGCGAUAGUAUCGAAAUACUUAAUUUCUCGGUCGUAUGUAUUUUUACUACCCGGCUUGUGGUGAGUUGCUAGGGAGGAAACCGUGGUGAGAACAUGUUUUGGGCGUGGUGUGUUUCAGCCGCAGGUAAUUCGUUUUUAAUUGCCACAGUGCGUACGGUGCGUAGGCUCGUGCGUGCCACAGCUGAAUUGGAAGGCGCUGGUGGGCUUUGGAUCGAAUGGAACUGAAACCUUCCCAGCGUACGGUUGAUGUGGUGUAGUGAUAUUAUUUGGAGUUAAUCGAUAAUUCUUCUCCCCUCAUCAUAGUCAGCUUUAACAUCAUUAAUAACGUAUAUCCACCUACUGGUUGAAUUGACUUCCCUUAAAGCAUUUCCCAGAAUUUGUUCGGUGCGUAUUUUGUGUGUGUUUUUUGCCUUACUUUUGCAGGAAAACAUUAAUCUAUUUGAAUGGUUUUCCCAUCGAAACAAUCCAUUAGCCUUAGUAGACAUGGACAUAUGGCGAUGCACGUGUUCGAUCAUCAUCGAAUCAUUGGCAAUCGCAUUUUAAUGGCAUCAUCGCUGAUCAAGCUAGUAAGCGCAGCACGCGAAAGCGCAAUUUUCCAUGCUGCUUUACGCUGAUGCUUCUGUAUCGGUUUGCGUACCGCGAGUUAGAUACGGUUGCAUUCAGCAACAAUCAAUCUACCCCACCCGGCAGGACCGUUGAAAUGUGCUUCCAAAGUUUUCUUUUGUGCAUUGUUUUAGGUAAAGAGUGUUUUAUUUUUAGUUCCUUUGUUUCAUUUUUUUUUAGAAAAAUGAGGGAAAAGUUUUGUUUUAAGGUAAGGCCAAUGGGUGGGUGAAAAAUUUCCACUACCACAAGUUGCAUCGUUCGCCUCUUUCGGUGACGGUACGCUUUGUGAACGUGGGAUGUGAAGUUUUUGGUUUCUUAUGGCACGCAUUAACCAGUACGCCAUUUGCUGGAGGAAGUCGGCAACAUGGGCUAGAAAUGCGUUGAACUGUGUGCCCUUAGGUUGUGAGUGGUAGCAUAAAGAAUGGAAUGAGAAUGCAAUUUGCGGGUUUAUCGCUUUUUUUUGUUUGUUCCAGCUAAAGGAAUGCUGCUUUCCAUUCCAUUGACUUUGGGCUUUCCGGGUUAAAAACAUCGUUGGCAGGAAUUUAAAGCUACCCUUAGUUUGGUGUGGGUGGAAUUUAAAGUGAAUAAAGGUUGGUGAAAUGGAGAAUAAAUUCAGCAUCCGCACGGCGCACCAUUCGUAAAGUGGGUCGUACUAACGAAAAGUUUACCGCCGUCGAUACUGUCGGCACUUGGAUGGAAUAGUACCGUACGUACGACAUCAACUCGCUGGAUUGUGUUAAGCAGUAGGCUUUGCUCACGAAAUGUCACUCAUGCGUUUACGUUUCAAGUACACUCGUUGCACGAGCCAAGCCCAACGUGAGCGCAGGACGUGAAGGGUAAAUUUGAUCAAAAAUGUCCGCACCGGAACUAUCGUGGCAAGUGGUCCGGGACAUUGGAGUGCACCGGUUACGGUUCGGUCAGGUGGGCGGCGCUAUUGACAAUUUCACCGAAGCAGCCCCCAGACUCAGUGAAGACGAUGAAUCGGUGCUGGUGUUGAAGGCAAACGCACAGCUCGAGUAUCUCGUACCAAAUGCAGCACUGGAAACGAUACGAAAGGCACGAAAAUAUGCCGGAAAUUUGCUGCACUGCCGGUCGCUGUACGAAACCGGUGAUCUCGAGGGGCAUCUGCUCGCAUCGGCAAACGGGCAGCGUCGUCAACGGCCCGCAGCCGGACAUCGGCAGCAGGACUUUACCACCGAACUCGAUCUCGGCUUAUCCACAUUCGACUGUACGUUGGGUGAACGUGCUGGAGCAUCACUGCUCGAGUAUCGACAUCGCUUUCCGGAAAUUGCCGCCGAGCAGCAGGAACUACGCAAACGUUCUGCUGAUCGUCCCCGGUGGAAGGUGCUGGCCGAGGCAAACGAGUGCGAUGUGAUCAGUGUGCUGGAGACGGUUCGCAAGGAACCACCGUUACGGGAGCAAGUGCGGCGCAAGAAAAACAAGCAAAUUCUUGGCCAAAUCCAUCUCGGACGUGGUUGGGAAGAUUGGAUGUUUAUCGAAGAUUUGUUACCCACGGGACGGUACGGUUCGGUCGUUCGAUUGCCACAAACAAAGCCAACCUCCCAGGCAAUGGACCGGCUGGUGAACGAAUGCUACACGAAAGUAUCGGCAAGGGUACACCAGUCGCAGGCCUGCUUCCCGAUGUACAGCCAGCGGCAUGGUCGCUUCGGACCACAAUCGAACCACCGGCGUGAGGUUUGCGAAAUGGAUGAGCUUUUCAAAUUCCGUUACCGUGCGUACCGUGCCGUGUACAAUCAGUUUGAUCGUAUGUACGCGUUACGUGCGCAGGGCAAGACAGCUGAACUACUCCGGUACGGUGGUGAUAUUUUGCACGAAUUCUACAAAACCACCACCGUCCGGGUACUUCCCGAGAAGGGUAAACUGGUGCGCGAACUGUGCAAUUUGAUCGGUUUGACCGUGCUGGAUCGGUUGCGUAUUCCACCGGGUCUAAUGGAUGUACGGCCAGAGCAUCGGUUGCUGCUGCUGUUCGCCGUACCGCCGGCCAAGGAAGCGAAGAUUGUAGUACCCGUGUUUGGUGACAUUUCCACUUACCGCGAUCCUACCGAACCGGAUCACGAGUACUUACGCUACAAGGGCAAGAUUGCGGAACUGGAGCGCCGCUAUCAACGGGUACAGUAUCCCAUCGAGCGUUGCCUGCUCGACUACCAGAUGGCAAGGCAGCAUCUGCUGAACGGUUGGCUGGACGAUGUGAAGGUGAUGGGUAAUCGGAUGAUCGACGAAGCGAUCGGUUGCGGUAGCCACUUGUGGCAACUCAUCGGGCAGCUCACCAUCGCCAAAGCCUUAUGUGCCCAGCAUAAUCUCGAGCAGCUGGCCGUGCUGUUACGGUCGGCGGCGAAACUCGUGCAAAGCCGGCUGCCCGACGAGCGGAUUGCUUUUUUCAUCGAAGUAUCGCAGAAGCUAAACCAGGAUUUGCUAAUGAAAAAGCUGGGCCAAUCGGUGGAGCUGGAACGUACGCUGCUGGUUUAGUAGCAGCAGUUUUUUCUGAUGUUGUGUGCAGUUUCAAGUGGAACUAGUAGAACGGUGAAGUUUGGUACUUUGGUGCAAAAAACUUUGACCCAGCUGGGUGCAUGCAGAGACAGAGUGCAAAGGGAUUUUAGGAUACCGUUUUUAUUGCUUUCAAUGCUCCAAUGCCUGGCUGUAAUGGGUUGAAGAGAAACUGAGAAAAAAGUACCCCAUACACACACACACACGCGCGGACAUUACACCAUUGUGAUGUGUGUGCAAAAAUGAACUGUUACGGAAUAGUUCGGUUGCGGCCAUUUAUCAUAGUUAAAUUCAACUUUUAUUUCUCGCACGUUCGCGUGCCUCAUAGUAUCCCUCUGUUUUGCUACAAAAUUCAGCUUUAUCGGUGAAUAAAUUUCAUUACUUGUUUGCUCCCCUUUUU